UGUAAAAGCUAAACGUGAACAAACGAGUUUUAUUUACUUUUUGUUUAGGCCUUUGUGCUUCCAAAUAACUUGUAAUCAUGGCAGAGGCGAGCCAAGAUGAAGAAUCCAUCGUGUCCGACAAGAUCUGCAGAGUUUGCAAGCAGGAAUAUUCGGCUGAGGCGUAUCCGAAGUUGUUACCGUGCCUGCACACGGUAUGCGGGCCGUGUGUGUCGGACCUCCCUAGUAUUGAAGGGGAGAAGCUCAAGUGCCCAGAGUGUGGUGUCGUGUUUAACAGAAAGGAUGUGAUCAAACACUUGUUCAUGAUGGAGACCUUAAGCGAGGUGGGCAAGAGUGAAGAGCAGGCAGGCGUGGAAGAGAAGGCACACACGUGCACUGCCUGCGAGGAGAACCAGGAUGCCACCUCCUUCUGCACUGAGUGCAUGGAGUGGUUGUGUGAGCAGUGUGUGCAGGCUCAUCGCCGCGUCCGUGUCACCAAAGACCAUUUGAUACAGGCCAAAGAGAAGGUGCAGGCGCAGGGCAAUGGGCAUAGCAGUCUGCAGGGCAAAGAUCGCUUCAUGGCAUGUAAGCUGCACCAGCAUGAGCCGUUAAAACUGUACUGUGAGACGUGUGACACGCUGACUUGCAGGGACUGCCAGCUUCUGGAGCAUAAAGAGCACAAGUACCAGUUUGUGCAUGAGGCAUCAGAACUGUGUAAGCAACAGCUGCUUCAGUUUACAAACAAACUCCGCGAAAAGCGCAAGUGUAUAGAGAACUUCAAACAGCUGAUCGCCAAACGACAAGAGGAGAUAGUCUCUCGAGAAGAAGUAGUAGGUGAGGAAAUAAAAAAGACAGUUGACAAUCUGGUGGAAGAGUUCAAGAAACGUGCGCAGGCUAUAUUGACAGACCUGAACCUGGUGUGUACAGCGAAGAAAGCUCAGCUAAGUCAGAAGAACCAAGAGGUGACAGAGCUGGUUACCCGGCUAGACCACUGUGUGGACUUUGUCCAGUCUCUAGUGGACAGUGGCUCAAAUCUCUCCAUCCUUCACACUAAAUCCAUUAUCAUCAGACACAUGCGCUCAAUGGCGCAGACUAGGUGUGAGGUGCCCAACCCCAGCCAUAUUGUUGACAUCCGCUACAGCCAAGAUUGUAAUAUAUUCCUCAAAAACAUGCACCACCUUGGUUUUCUCUACGUGGACGGUGUUCCAUAUCGACCCAGUAUGAAACCUGGAUCUUCCGCAGGCUCUAACCCAAAUCUCCAUCCUGAAGUGAAUGGUUCUCAUCCUGGUAGGAACUACCUGCAGGAGCUGCAGAAGUUGAGUUCUGAGCAGCGCAAUGCCGUGUUUGUGCGCAUGAUGCAGAUGCAGCGUCGUCAGGCAGGCCAACAGAACCAGAUAGGGAAUCCCACAGGGAGCCCUCAAGUGCCAGGUUCUCUUAGCCAGCCACCCCCUAACAGAGUGGUCAGCGGUCACAACCAGGUAAACUCUGCAAUGAAUCGCCCUCCGUACAGCCAGAACAGCUUUCCAGUCCGCUACAGUAACGGCCCCAUGGACCAGAUCCCUCCUGUGUGCUCCGCACCAUCCGGGGGAGGAGCUGGCUACGGGCCAGCCUCAGUGAAUCAGCUGUCUAAUCAACCCCCGUUGAUUUCUCUGUUCCAGUUACAGAACCAGCGUGGGAAUGGCCAUCCUGUACCUGCAGGACGGCCUAUGCCGCCAUUGAUGCCUCGACCCACGAACAACAGUAUUCCACAGCCAGGAUCCAUACAAGCCACACCUCUUCAUCCGGGUCAGCCCCGGCCCUCAAUGGGCAAUCACCCAGUCCAACCAUCACAGCAGCAGAGGGAACGACAGUGGCGCUGGAACUACGUAAACAUGCAGAACAUGCAGUCCCACCCUCAGCCCACUUCAGGUCCUGCUGGCGCAGAGCAGCGACCAGGUUCUACAAACUCUGCUCCUGACACCUGUAGAACAUCCCCUGCAGGAAACACAGUCCGACCCUCAAGUGCCGACAGUGUGCAGGUCAAAAAAGAGAAGGAUACUGAUUCUGAUGGUUAUGGGGCAUUUCCCGCCUCCUGUAGUUUCGCAGAGAAACAGAAUUCUGUGCCUUCAGAAACCUCCAGUCACAACUCGCAUGGUGAAUCUCAACCAAAUGUCCCCUGGCGAGUAAACAAUACCACUGACCACCUACCAUCAGCUUUACUCCCUGAAUCUAUGUCGGAGGAUAACCUAGAGGCAGCCUUGCGCUCCUUGUCUGAAGAUGGGCUGUCAUUCGGUAUGGCAGGCCCUGGUGGUGGAGGGACCCAGGCCAUGCCCCACCACCUGCCGGCCCCUUCCAAACACAUGGACUCGCCAGACCCCAGUGAGGAUUACUGUGCCUGCUGUCAUAAUGGGGGAGAGCUACUGUGUUGUGACUACUGCCCCAAGGUGUUCCACUUCCAGUGUCACAUACCUGCUGUUACUGUGGCACCCAGUGGCAGCUGGCGAUGCACACUCAGUGUACCAGACGAUCAGGUCCGCAUUGAGAAGGAAGAGUCCCGACAGAUCAUUAAUGCAGGCAACAAGCGCAAGUCCCUUGUGGGGCUCACAGAUAAGGAGCGUAGGGCCUGUGAGAGAAUCCUGUUAGAGUUGUUUUCCCAUGAAGCAAGUACACCCUUCCAUGAGCCAGUCAGUAAAUCGGUUCCCAACUACUACAAAAUCAUCACAAACCCAAUGGAUUUCACCAACAUCAAGUGUAAGCUCUCCCGUCAGCACUUCAAUCAUUACUCGACAGUGGGCGAAUUCUUGUCCGAUGUCAAACUAGUCUUCACCAACUGUGCUAUUUACAACUCUGAACUGUCAGAGGUGGGACGUGCAGGGAAGACUGUGUUUGCAUUCCUUGAGAAGCUGGUGGAUCGGUUCCUACCUUACUAUGUAACCAUGUUGAAGAGUGACCAGAUGUCAGAGCCCUCUGUACCUGCUCAACUAUCAGCCACGCCCCUCUCCUCAGCCCCAGUUCUCGCCUCUGCACCGCCUUCCACACACACUCCGCAGGCAGAGAGCGACCAAGUCAAGGGGGCCAAGAGGCGCAAGAUGGACAAGCAAAAUGUCAUUCAUUACCACUGAUAUAGGGUGCUGCUGUACACAGCCAGCUUCUUGUACAGAAGUUACUCUGACAGAUCAUCCACACUGCAAUCAUUCUGUCUGGUAGGUCAUGCUAAUCAUUCAAACUGCAAUCACUCUGUCUGGUAGGCCGUGCUAAUCAUUCACACUGCAAUCAUUCUGUCUGGUCAGCCAUGCUAAUCAUUCAUACUGCAAUCACUCUGUCUGGUAGGCCAUGCUAAUAAGUCACACUGCAAUCAUUCUGUCUGGUGGGCCUUGCUAAUCAGUCACACUGCAAUCAUUGUCUGGUAGGCCAUGCUAAUCAUUCACACUGCAAUCAUUGUCUGAUAGGCCAUGCUAAUCAUUCACACUGCAAUCAUUCUGUCUGGUGGGCCAUGCUAAUCAUUCACACUGCAAUCAUUCUUUCAGGUAGACCAUACUAAUUACUCUGACAGAUUAUUCAUGCUGCAGCCAUUCUUACUGGUAGGCUAUGCUAAUCAUUCACACUGCAAUCAUUCUGUCUGGUCAGCCAUGCUAAUCAUUCAUACUGCAAUCACUCUGUCUGGUAGGCCAUGCUAAUAAGUCACACUGCAAUCAUUCUGUCUGGUGGGCCUUGCUAAUCAGUCACACUGCAAUCAUUGUCUGGUAGGCCAGGCUAAUCAUUCACACUGCAAUCAUUGUCUGAUAGGCCAUGCUAAUCAUUCACACUGCAAUCAUUCUGUCUGGUGGGCCAUGCUAAUCAUUCACACUGCAAUCAUUCUUUCAGGUAGACCAUACUAAUUACUCUGACAGAUUAUUCAUGCUGCAGCCAUUCUUACUGGUAGGCUAUGCUAAUUAUCUGACAGAUCAUUCACGCUACAAUCAUUCUGACUGGUAGGCUAUGCUAUUGACUGUGACAGAUUUUUCACAUUGCAGUCAUUCUGAGUGGUAGGCCAUGCUAAUUCCUCUGACAGAUCAUUCACGCUGCAAUCAUUCUGUCUGGUAGACCAUGCUAAUUUCUCUGACAGGUCAUUCACGCUGCAAUCAUUCUGACUGGUAGGCCAUGCUAAUUACUCUGACAGAUUAUUCACGCUGCAAUCAUUCUGACUGGUAGACUAUGCUAAUUGCUCUGACGGAUCAUUCACGCUGCAGUUAUUCUGACUGAUUAUUGAUACCUUCAUUGGUGUGCUGGUAUUUUAUUUUUCUCCUACAGUUGACAGUGAAUCCAUUAUUAGAGUUGAUAGUUCAUGCUUGUCACUGCGAUGGAUGGACCAUACAUCUGUAAUUUCCCAAAUGGUCUAUACAUCUGUCGUUACCACUAAUGGCCCAUACAUAAUCACUAGUGGAUCCUACAUCUGCCAUUAUCACUAAUGGUUCAUACAUCUGUCGUUAUCACUAAUGGUUCAUACAUCUGUCAUUAUCACUAAUGGGGGCCUCCGUGGCUCAGUCGGUUAGCGUGCUAGCGCAGCGUAAUGACCCAGGAGCCUCUCACCAAUGCGGUCGCUGUGAGUUCAAGUCCAGCUUAUGCUGGCUCCGUCUCUGGCCGUAAGUGGGAAGGUCUGUCAGCAACCUGCGGAUGGUCGUGGGUUUCCCCCGGGCUGUGCCCGGUUUCCACCCACCAUAAUGCUGGCCGCCGUCGUAUAAGUGAAAUAUUCUUAAAACACCAAUAAAUAAAUCAAUAUCGCUAAUGGUCCAUACAUCUGUCAUUAUCACUAAUGGUUCAUACAUCUGUCGUUAUCACUAAUGGUCCUUACAUCUGUCAUUAUCACUGAUGUCCAUACAUCUGUCAUUAGCACUAAUGGUCCGUACAUUAUAACUUAUGGUUCAUAUAUCUGUCAUUAUCACUUAUGGUCCAUACAUCUGUUACUAUCACUAAUGGUCCACACAUCUGUUAUUAUCACUAAUGGUCCAUACAUCUGGCAUUUAUCUCUAAUGGUCCAUACAUCUGUCAUAUCCACUGAUGGUCCAUACAUCUGUCAUUACCGCUAAUGGUCCAUACUUUAUAUCUGUCAUUACCCUAAGUAUAUUUACAUAUAUAUGCCCAUUUUUUUGUUUCCUUUAAAUUCCUCUAAAAAGAGUGGGAGUUGUUGUACGAUGCAAUUAUGAAUUAUCUUGUAAAUUUAUACAUUUAAUUGGUAUCACAAAGAAAAUGGAUAAAUUAUGGCUUAGUUGAUGUGUAAGAAGCCAAUUGUACAGUGGUAAAUCGGAGAUGUCUGAUGCUGCAUUGAGCUGACAGUCUUUGUUUCGCCUUAGUUUACUCAUCAUUGACAAAGAUGUACUGGUAGUUCUGUACAAAGUUAUUUUCAGUUGUUUACUUCAGUUGCCUUCUUGUUAUUAGUGAGUUGUGUUAAGGUUUCAGUUGAGAAGUCCCAUCUGGCUAUUGCCACAAACCUCGGUCUACAAAUGUACAUGUACUGUAACCGUCAGCAGAAACUCAUGGUCAUGAUCAGAAGUUGUAUAUUGUUACCUGUAUGUAUAGGUAUGGCUGUCCUUUGUAUGGUACUGGGGAGGGUUAUGACUUCUAUUGACUUAUGGUGGCAUCAUUCUGAGGCAGGUACAUGUACUUGAAUUAUGUGACCCAACAGUCUGCCCAUCUAGCCACUCCCUCUCACCACCCACUCCUGCUGCCACCUAUGGGCAGGCUAUGUCUAACCUGAAUAGGCAAUAGGUCACCAACCUCACCAGAAUAUUUCCUGUACCCAAGAGUGUAACUGCUGUAGUGUGACAGGGAGGUAAUUCAGUGAAGCCCUGUGGUCACUAACCCUAUCAGAAUAUUUCCUGUAUCUAGAGUGUAGGCUGUGGUGUGACAAGGAGGUAAUUCAGUGGAGCCGUCUGGUUACUAACCCCAUCAGAAUAUUUCCUGUAUCUGAGUAUGGUCUGUGGAGUGACAAGGAGGUAAUUCGGUCAAGCCCUCUGGUCACUAACCCUAUCAGAAUAUUUCCUGUAUCUAGAGUGUGGGCUGUGGUGUGACAAGGAGGUAAUUCAGUGGAGCCCUCUGGUCACUAACCCCAUCAGAAUAUUUCCUGUAUCUAGAGUAUGGGCUGUGGUGUGACAAGGAGGUAAUUCAGUGAAGCCCUCUGGUCACUAACCCUAUCAGAAUAUUUCCUGUAUCUAGAGUACGGGCUGUGGAGUGACAAGGAGGUAAUUCAAUGGAGCCCUCUGGUCACUAACCCCAUCAGAAUAUUUCCUGUAUCUAGAGUAUGGGCUGUGGAGUGACAGGGGAGGUAAUUCUGUGGGGCCCUCUUGUCACUGACCCCAUCAGAAUAUUUCCUGUAUCUAGAGUAUGGGCUGUGGAGUGACAGGGGAGUUAAUUCUGUGGGGGAUUAAACACCAGUUAACUCAUUGGCUCAUCUCUGUCUUGAGGGAAGUAAACUGCCAGUAAGCAGGACAUGGUAAAGAUGACUCGUUUAUAAUGCUUCCUUUCUUUCCUUUAGCAAUCUUUCAAAAAUGACAUCAGGAGAAACAGUAUGCACAGGUAUCAUGAACAAUAAAACCACCUUUGUGUGAAUAUAUGUAUAUACUUAUGACUAUAUUUAAGCCAUAUAUGAUUAUAUAUUUUUAAACCACAGUGUACCAGCAUGUGUUUUUAGUAUUUUAUGUGUAAUCCUUAUGAGGUGAACCUUGUUGUAUUUAAGUCUGCUGCAGUUAGUAUUAGUAUACAUGUAGAACAUCUUAAUUGAGCAAGAUUGUUUGACCCUUCAUGUGUGCCUGGGUGUGUGUGCGUGCAGGUGUUUGCAGUUGUAUGACCAGCUUCAUAUAUGUAUUUAUUUGAUUGGUGUUUUGCGCCGUACUCAAAAAUAUUUCACUUAUAUGCCGCCGGCACAUCCCAGGGGAACCAGCUUCAUAUAAAAAUUCCCUCCAGUGAUAACUUAGACACUGUUAAGCUAACUUCAAUGCAUUCAGCCAGCGAAGUAUGUCUGUUACGACCAGCAGAACCAUUUCCAAAUUUGGUGAGGAUCCAGAGGCCUGCCCUAGAAAAAAAUGUGUUAUAUGGGACACUACAUGUACAUGUCCACAUUGAGUUGUGCGACACAAUGUAUGUCCACGUCUAAUUUUGAGAUAUCGGUACACAGAAUCUGUAUAAUGCCAUGCAUGAUUCAGGAUGUUAUAACCAUUCAGAAAAGUAGGAUAUUAGUUUUGACCAAAAAGCCAAGGACUUCUCUAAACUAAAUGUAAUGUGCAUAUUAGAGUGAAAUCUGUGUACACAUGGCAUUAUGGGACAAUGGGGCUAAGUGGUUCCAUUUGACCACAUCAACUUCAGAUUUUUGAGCACAUAAAAGACUCGUCUUCAAAUAUCAUAUAGUGUUGAGGUUUUCCAGAAAACCAGGCUGUAGAUGAUAGACUGUCUGAUUGACUGUUAAGAUUUUGGAUGUGUGACUUCAGUAUGGGCGUGUUUUGUCUGUAAAUCUCUCAACAUCUGUAAGAUGUUAAUAUUUGUGACUGCAGACCACUGGAGUGAGGGUGGGUAAUAGACUGACUGUAGGAAUGGAGUGUCCGUGCAGGCUGUGUAAGAGUAUCGAGAUAGGAGUAAUUUCUCAGUCAGCAGGUUAUGUUUGUACUAGAGCUACAUUUGUCUGCUGUACACACACUUUGAUCACUUAGAUGUAUAAUCUAUAUUGUGGACUUACCAACAGCUUUGCUUUUAUUAGCCAUGAAUAUAUAUUUUGAAGCCCCCAUUCCUCAAACACACACACAAAUUCAAAACUGAUAUGAUAUUUUGUAAGGAACUGUGUAUAUACUUUUAAUUGUACCGUAUGCAGUUUGGUCACGAAUAAAGUUUCACCUUCUCUGUACAAAGCUAUGUUGUUUUAAUAAAAAGAUUGGGAGCCAGGCCUUAAGAGCUGUUGUUCUGUGGGUUUCAUACCAGCUGGGCAUAACCUAAUUCUUCAACCUAUUUCCACCGCCUCUGCAACCACUAGUCUGAAACAUUAUGAAAGAACAUGGAACGUAGAGAAAUAGUUUCAUGAACCUUACAUCUUUAGUGACACAAACAAAUCAUUUUAGACAUGUCAGCUGUUCAAGCUAAGAUAACACUUAAUGGACAGUCCAUGACAUUUCAGCUGUUCAAGCUAAGAUAACACUGAAUGGGCAGCCCAUGACAUGUCAGCUGUUCAAGCUAAGAUAACACUGAAUGGACAGCCCAGGACAUAAGCUGUUCAAACUAAGAUAACACUGAAUGGACAGUCCAUGACAUGUCAGCUGUUCAAGCUAAGAUAACACUCAAUGGACAGUCCAGGACAUCUGCUGUUUAAACUAAGAUAACACUGAAUGGACAGUCCAGGACAUCAGCUGUUCAAACUAAGAUA